GUUAGUGGAGGCCAGUGGAGGGAUUGGCAGAGAGGAGUGGAGGACACUGAGUGGAGGCCAGUGGAGGGAUUGGCGGAGAGGGGUGGAGGACACUGAGUGAGGCCAGUGGAGGGAUUUGGCAGAGGUCAGUGGAGGGAUUGGCAGAGUGGGGUGGAGGACACUGAGUGAGGCCAGUGGAGGGAGUGGCAGAGAGGGGUGUAGGACAAUGACACUGGAGGCCAGGUGGAAGGAUUGGCAGAGAGGGGUGGAGGACACUGAAUGGAGGCCAGUGGAGGGAUUGGCAGAGAGGGGGGUGGAGGACACUGAGUGGAGGCCAGUGGAGGGAUUGGCAGAGAGGGAUGGAGGUCAGUGGAGGUCAGUGGAUUGGAUUGGCAGAGAGGGUAGGAGGACACUGAAUGGAGGCCAGUGGAGGGAUUGGCAGAGAGGGGUGGAGGACACUGAAUGGAGGUCAGUGGAGGGAUUGGCAGAGAGGGGCAGCAGUCACUGAUUGGUUGACCAGUGAGGAGGGAGUUGCAGAGAUGGAGGCGGGAUAUAACAAGGCAUGGAUAAGUUGUUUUGUGGUGUCAUUGGUCAGGAAGGGGCGGA